UGGCAACAGAAUCUUUUCAAGCUCAUGACCCGUUUUCUCGUAUCCAACAUCAAACCCGCAGCCACCGAGCUUCACAACAAAAGGAGACAACAAACUAACUUGCUUUCCGCAGCUAUCACUCGAGCAGCAUCUUUAGCUCCUUCAUCUGCCUUGAUCUCUCAGCAUCUAUCUACAUCUACAUCUUCUGUUUACUACAUUCACUAGCCAUUAGCACUAAUCAGCAGCAUGGAAUCCUCUGCCAAAGUGACGCUAUUUGAAGAUAUUUUCGAGACGACGGCCCUCAAUCCAGACGGCUACAAAUUCGAACGCGUCAAUCGACUGCAAGCCAUCGGAACGACUUUUGAAUGCGACUUGUUGCUCGAUAUCAAUUGCGAAAUUUAUUCCGUCAAGGAAAAUGACAAAUUUACACUCGUAUUAGCAUCGACACUCCAUUUGGACGGAUCCCCCGCCGAUCAUUUCUCCUUUGUCCCCAAUGCCAAUACCGAACCGUCGUUGGCGGACAAUUACGAAUACGUCAUGCACGGACGUGUCUACGAAAUGAAAUAUCAAAAAGAUGGCGUCGUUGCCAUUAGUAUCAGUUAUGGAGGACUCCUCAUGAGAUUAUCGGGAGAUCAACGACACUUGACCAAUAUCUUGCCCGAUAUGAGAUUGUAUCUACUCAUGAAGAAGGAUUAAUGAAAUAAAUGAAAUGUUGCGACAAUAGGCAGAAUUUACAGAGAAAAAAAGAGAGAGGGACUUGAUACAUGUACAUGACGUGGGAAGAAAACAAUGAAUUAAAUGGACAAUCAACUAUA